CGGAAAACUGAUAAUUGAUGGUGUGAGCUGCUUUAAAUAGUUUUUGCUGCUCAAUUUCAUUCACUCCUCUCUGCUUUGCUUGUUUGGGAAAGUUACGAUUCCACAAGAGAGGAGUACAAUUUCAACACUCAGCGAUAUGGCGUCUGUACUCAUCUUAAUCAGCUGUCUGACAGUGUUCGUUAAUUGCCAAGAUGUUACAAAAACGACUCGAACACAAAUUUUUGUGGAUCCCUCGGGAGAACCUAACAAUCCACUUGCCGAUGCUUUCCACGUCGCUACAAAUACAGCAGAAUCAACUUUAGUGCAAAACCCGGGAGAUUUAAAUGAAAUUACGCGAACAUUGCAAGGUUUCGGUCCUAAUUUGCCUGAAGCAUUGAAACAAAUGCUGAGAGGCAGUUCUGUUGAUGCUGCUGUAAGCGAAGCUAACAGGAAUUCUGAUAAUUUGUUGAUGGGAACUGGAAAUAAAGUACAAAAAGCAUUUCAAGUGGCACAAAACAAUGCCGCUCUUCAACAGGCACAAGCGGAUCAAAGACAGAAAAUGGUGGCGGCUUCAAGACUGGAACAAGAGGUAAUUAAACAGUUGCUUAAAGAACAGGCACUGCAGCAACAACAGCAGCAACAGCAGCAGCUACAACAGCGGCUACAACAGCAGCUACAACAGCAGCAACAACAGCAGCUACAACAGCAGCAAACUUCGAUAAUCGGAAGUGACAACAUUCCACAACCAGGACAGCAAUUGAUAUCUGAUAGUCUUUUAACUUCUUCUUCGUUUAGUCAAAUAGGUUCUAGUGACAAUAAUCCGUUUUCCAGUUCCGGCAGCAGGUCUGGAGGCAGCACCGGAAGCAGUUCUAGCACAAGCACUAGAACUAGUACCAGCACAAGUAGCACAAGCCAAACCAGUAGUGUCAGUGAGAAAAAAUCGGAAAGCAGCAAGAAAAAGGCACUGGCAGAAAAGUUAAGAAAAUUGAAGGCGAAAAUUGAAGCCAAGAAAAAGGCGAAAAUUGAAGCCAAGAAAAAGGCAAAGGCUGCAGCUAAGGCAAAGGCUAAAGCUGAAGCUGAUUUAGCUGCACAGCGACAAGACGAAGAGCUUUCGAGUCGAAAUGAAUUCAACUCAGCAGCAAUUUCAACAACCGGUGGGAUAACUUCACAAACCGUUCUUGCACAAGCAGGAGAACAUGCUCAGGCCGAAGCUGCUCUGAAUUUGCAAGGGCUGAAUCCGAUACAGUUACCUAUGGGAGCUGCUUCACAGGCUAUCAUGUCAGGAGUUAACACCGUUGUAUCACCAGGAAGGCCAUUUGGAACUCCCUUUAACAGCCAGAAUCAAUUUCCCACGCCGUCAAGUACAAUUGGUACUCUUGACAUUAACGCUUCACCACUUGUGCCUGCUCAACCAAAUCUUAUGCAACAGGGACCCAUCAGAAGAGCUUCUCUACCAUUUGCGUCAUCACCUUUACGACAAAGAGGAGGGUUUGUCGCUACGGUUACAGGAGACGGAACCGUUGUGCCUGACAAUAUCAACUACGGAAUCGGUCAAUUCCAAAUGCCUAGAAGCUUAGUCCAAUUCCCGCGGUCUUCCCAAAUCAGCUACACUCAAUCUCUUGCAUCGCCUAUCCUAUCAUCACCUUCUAUCACUUACAAUUCUGUGGCCUCGCCGGUGAUAUCGACCUCCUACGGCACUCCUUAUAUGGUUAACCCAUCAAUAACGGCCGCAUAUAGCAUGAUGCCGAUGUAUCGUUCCUCGGUUUUCACCGGUGUACCGUAUUCCUCAUCUGUAGUUAUGAAUGCUCCAUACCGCUCAUCUGUAUCCUCAUUUAAUACAGGGCAGAACAUAUACGUGACACCCGUAUAAAAUAUAAAGUAAGAACUAUCUGGGUACAUACAGAAUUAUCAAUGCAUUGUCUCGCAGAGUUUACGAACUUUGUUUGGGUAAACUAGUAGUGAGUCAUAAUCAACUGUGAUACACUCAUUGCUACAUCUGCUGGUUACCUUGUAUAAAUUGUAAUGUUCCAUUGUAAAACUUCAUUAUGUGACAAUAAUCAAGGUAGGACCUGUUUUGUGAUACGUGUCUAUGAUGCUCGACUCGAUGAUACCAGGAGCACUGAGACCAGUGCUAUGGUGGAGAUGGACUUUCGUCUGUUGUCGUGACGUCAUCAACAAAUAUUACGUUAAGGCAUAGCUUACCAUGGUUAUAUCUUACCAAUUAUGUUUAUUUUUUACAAAUAAAUCUACUCAUAUUUAAC